AAAUUUUCAUUUGUUCAUGUAGUAGUGACGCGUAUACCAUUGGAAAUCAUGUCGUGUUUCGUCACGGUAUCAAGCUCCCCGGUCUUCUCUCCUUCCUCGUCUUUCUUCUGUAACAAAACCUCAAUAUUUUCUUCGUCAGCGGAGGCUCUUAAUUUGACUUUAACCCACCUCAAACCCACAUAUUCUCCUUCUUCUCCGUCUCUGUCAUCUUCGCCUUCAUCGCCGUUUCGUAUAAGGAUUCAAAAAACGUCAUCUGGGUCACUUCUCUCAUCCUCAUCUCCGUCUUCUUUGGGUUACAGUGCGGGUUUUGGUCCCGGGUCGGUUUUGAAGAGGAAGAGGCCGACUAGACUAGAUAUACUGGUGGCGACUGUGAUGGCCUUUGCGACUCCGUUGAUGGAGAGCCAGGAGAGAUGGAGAGUGAAGGUGAUGGGUAUUCUGUUUAUUGUAAAAGAGGGAGGAGAGAAGCUAUGAGGGUAAUAAUGUAAUUUUAUGUUU